ACCGGCGGCAUGAUGCGUAUCUCCCUGCUGGUUCUGGCCCUCACUGCGGUCUGCGACGGCAUCCUCCCCGAGAUAGUGCACCCUGGAGUGGACCACAUCCUGGAGGAUCACCCAGGACAGGCGGAGCCGGGCCGGGUGGAGGUGGAGGUGGAGCAGCUGCAGGAGGCUCCGCAGCAAAACGCCCAGGAUGCGACUCACCCAAAAGACGUCGACAGUGGGAGCAUUGAUCCCAGUGACCUUCCUCCAGAUCAUCACAAUGAAUCCGCUUCUGAUAAAGUGAUUGAAGAUGAAUCCGACCACACAUCAUCAGUGGACCUGGAGAACCACAACGUGACCACCACAACCGUCCCAGACAGUGACCUGGGCAACACCAUCGAUCAUGGAUGCAUCAGUGAUGAGGACUGUGGGAAGGGAAGGUAUUGCCUUAAUGUCAUGCACGGCUCCAAGUGUUUGCCUUGCAAAGCAAUCGAUGUGUCAUGCACUAAAGACGAGGAGUGCUGUGCUGCUGAGCUGUGUGUGUGGGGUCAGUGCAGCCCGAAUGCAACCAAAGGAGACGCUGGCAGCACUUGUCAGUACCAGACGGACUGCAGCCCAGACCUCUGCUGUGCUUUCCAUAAAGCCCUGCUCUUCCCGGUGUGCUUGGCCAAGCCCAUCGAGCGUGAGCGCUGCUUCGGUGCCUCCAACCACCUGGCGGAGCUGUUGUCCUGGGACAGUCAGGACAAGGGACCACGGAAACACUGCCCCUGUGCAGGAGAUCUCCACUGCCAGCACCUGGGGAGAGGGUCCAUGUGUCUGAAAGGAGAAGAUUCUAGUGAAGAGGACAUGGCAGACACACUUUACUCAGAGAUAGACUACAUAAUCUAGACACAGCUUCGUUUGAUUCAUAUUGCCUUGGAAACAACUAGACUGAGAUCUCCUCCACUCUAGAGCUUUGCACUUUGUUAUCAAGCUCAAUCCAAAGUCAAAAAGUAAAACAGCACUGAAAGUAGAGAAAAAUAUAUUUAUUUUAUUUGCUGUAAUUAAGACCUGAAGUUAAUAAUGCUGGUGUUCAUGGUGUCUGAAA